AUAAACUUUGCAGCAUGUCCCGAGAGCCCGUGUGUCUACAAUUCCUGCUGCUUCACGAUCAUCCUAACAUUUGAGAGGACUGUUUCUUUCUUUGGCUGACAUUCGACGGCAUCACUGGACCAGCACCAGCACCAUCAUCUCCACUGCUCUCACUGCCGCUAGUCUGCAGUUUUAGCUGUCAGGAUGGAGCGGGUGCAGCACAUGACGCGCUCGGCGAUCCGGAGAGCAUCCAAUAUCGAGGUGAACCCGCAGACUAAACGCAACCUACAGGAUCUCAUCAUCAACUUCUCCCUCAUCCUCAUCUGCCUGCUGCUCAUCUACAUCAUCGUCUUGCUCAUGUGACACCGAAAACAAGGCCACAAACCACGAGACGCGCUCAAGAUCCUGGACGAUUUUUGGGGGAAUUGAAAACGAUGCGACACAUUUCAGUUUGCUGAAAUGAUUUGAUUUUUUUUUUUUGCUCCAUUUGUGUUUGUUUUGCAUUAUUCUUACUGUGAUAAGUUUAUGUUUGAACCAUAGAAUGGCACUGAGUACAAGUCUGCUUUUGUUCUCUGAAUCAUGUGUUUUUUAUUUGUAAUGAUUCAUAGGAAUAUUGUCACUUUGGAAUUAAGGUUUUAUCCAAGAGGAUUAGGGAUAAUGAUAUUUAAAAGCAUAGGUCACAAUAAAAUAACCUAAAAAAUCUAA